AUGUGCACAUCAUCUGGUGAUUAUGAGUAUGACAGGCGCAGGCUUGAGCAUCUUGGAAAUCUAGUUCAUUUGAGGUACCUAGGGCUAGAAGGCAUAUUGGUCAAAGAGCUCCCGGAAGCCAUAGGAGCACUAAAGCUUCUACAGACAUUGGACAUGAAAGGUGGAGGAUAUAUUGUGGAAGUCACACUGCCAUCGAGCAUUAGCCUGCUAACGCGGUUGAUCUGCCAACGGUGUGAUGGUUGGACAAGGUUGCUGGAUGGGUUCAUCCUCCAGAAGUUGGCGUCACAGGAGGAGCUACAGAAAGAUGUUCACAUGCUAUCUUUUGAGUUCAGGAGGCAAUUUUUUAAGGAGCUGGGCAACCUGAGCCAUCUUAGGGUGCUCCAUGUGCUUGGUACUGGUCGGCUUAAUGAGAGCAAGCAGGAAGAACUUUUGAAGUCACUAGGCAAUCUGCAGCAGCUCCAGCAUCUGGAUCUGUAUUCUCUUGCGAUAAUGGAUGCACCUGCCUCAAUGGAGUGGCUGUGCUUCCGGAACAUCUCAGGCAUUUGCGUAUAG